AUGGCCCCACGCCUGAACGUCCCACUGACGCCAGCGCAGACUCCCCAGAAGCCCAAGCCAGCAAAGCCAACGAGCGCCACAACGGACGCAGACACAAAGGACGCAAAGUCUACCGAUGCUCAGAUCGUUGACAUCUACACGCCGGUGGCCGAAAAGAUGGGCUUACCUCAGGUGGAUUGCUCCGCCGAUUGGGAGUUACCAACGUUGUCGCCGGAAGACCUAGUCGGGCCCUCCACAGGGAUCACAUCCCAGGUUCCCUCAAAGACACAUUGCAAGAAACGGGAUCUGACUCAGGAGCAGGCCGCUCGAGAGCUAAAGGGAAACUCUGAGCUCUCGCGCUACGUUCAUGCAUUCUAUGGCUAUACAGCGAAAUACAUGGAGGCCAUCAAAUCUCGCGCUGACGAGAAUUGGCGCGGCGCGGCGUUGAUUGACUGCGCUGCUAUCGCAGACAUCGAUGAGUUCAUUGCGUCGAAUGACUGCAACUUUGGCGCUGCGAAUUUCCGAGAGAGCCUUUUCCAGAGGACGACCUCGAUGUGGAAAUCGAGGAAGAACCGGAUUAUGAAGAGGAGGACCUUACGUACAAUGAGGCGGAAUUUUGUUGAUCGCCUUGAUUUCCCGCGUUUUCUGAAUGUCUUGCUGGUUUUAUGGGAUGAGUGCAGGGAAUGGAGGUCCACGGAAUCGUCAGAUGGAAUGGCUAGCUGUGCACACGGAAUGGCGUUAUCAUGA